AAUUAUCCUAAAUUUUAAGAGAUAACAAACAUCUGUUAUCUCCCAGGUCUUAGGGUUAGGAGGACAUGAGUGGCUACCUGGGUGUCUCUGACUCAGGCUGUCUCACAAAAUGUUCAUCAAGGCGUCGGCCAGGGUUGCUUUCUCCAGGCUCACCGGGCGUUGGCUUCCAGGCUCGCUCGCCUGGGCCUCUGCACCGGGCCACCUCCAGCAGGGCCCUGGCUUCCUCCAGGAGAGCGGGGCAGAGAGCAAGUGAGAGCAGUGACCUCCCAUCACUUCUGCCAUGUUUCAGGUCACUAGAAGUGCACUCCAGGAUUGAGGUCACCCAAAGGUGGGAUUACCGGGAGGGGGUCAUUGGAGGCUGGCUCGCAGGCUGCCACCACACAGGCUGCCAGCACAGCUUAAGAGCAGAAAUGAAGCCCCAGGCCAUGGGAGAUCAGGACCUACCUGGAGUUCUGGUGUCCGGAUUUGAAGGACCAUAUUGUAUAUGUGAGGAUCAUGUUGGAGAUCUGCAGAAACACUUUAAUCUCAUUACCAUGCAAGAAUUUUUAGAAAAUAAAAUACAAUUUGGCCCAAGGAUCCAAGCUGUAUAUAUCUGGGGCGGAAAGCCAGCUAUUAACCAGGAGCUCCUGCAGAGCCUGCCCUCCUUGAAGAUUAUUGCCAGUUCAGGAGCAGGUCUAGACCACCUUGACCUGAAGCUCAUUGCCAGCUUUGGUGUGAAGGUGGCCAACACACCACACGCUGUUUCCAACCCCACGGCAGACCUGGGGAUGGCCUUACUGCUGGCGGCUGCUCGGAGAGUAGUGGAAGGUUAUCAGUUGGCUAUUUCACCAGAUACAGAGAACUUUUAUAUAAACUUUAUGGGUCAAGAAGUGACGGGAGCCACUCUGGGAAUCAUCGGCAUGGGCAGCAUUGGCUAUAAGAUUGCUCAGAGGGCCAAAGCAUUUGAAAUGAAGAUUCUGUAUCACAAUCGGAAAUGCAGGAAAUUGGAGGAGGAGGAAGCUGUUGGGGCCACUUACUGUGAGAGGCUGGAUGACCUGCUUCAGCGAUCGGACUUCGUGAUGUUGGCUGUGAGCCUGACGCCCCAGACCCAGAGGCUGAUAGGGAGGAGGGAGCUGAGGCUGAUGAAGCCCACCGCGAUUCUCGUCAACAUUGGCAGAGGUCUGUUAGUUGAUCAAGAUGCCCUGGUGGAAGCUCUUCAGACCGGGGUUAUUAAAGCAGCAGCGCUGGAUGUGACGUACCCAGAGCCCCUGCCCAGAGAUCAUCCUUUGUUGAAGUUAAAGAACAUCAUUCUGACACCUCACAUCGGAAGUGCAACUCAUCAAGCCAGAAGACAGAUGAUGGAAAGUUCAGUUGAAAGCAUCCUGGCUUCUCUCAAUGGCCUUCCCAUUCCUAAUGAAGUGCUACUUAAAUGAUUUAUGUGGGCUGAGAAUUCAGUGGGAUAAAAACAUGGCAGAUUAAAUGUGAAAAAAAAUUCUUAUUUUAUGUACUUUAUGUUACAGUCCAUUAUAUAGAUUGGCUUAAUAUUAUUUUGGCUGAAAAACUUUAGUAAUAAUAGUUAUCAUUUGUUGA